GACAAUGGUCAAUCUUCAAUGUAUUCCACCUCUACUGCACCUGAAUUGGGGUCUGAUGGCAGUAGCAGAAAGAAUUGUUCAAAUCUCUGACACUCAAAUGGAGAAAAAAAACUCCAUUAGUUGGUAAUUAGACUGCUUACUAUAGCUAAAAACAGUCAGUGGAUAAAAUAAUUGUUAUCGAUUUCUGGAGGGGAGGGCGGACCAAUCAUGUUUACAAUGUGUAGCGGAGGAGGUUCAAGUCCAUUUAGGUGGACUCACUAGUGAAAGUUGGACAGAACAUGUGGUUUAAAGAUCUUUCGAGUUCCAUUUGCUCACUGCAGAGAAAACCAUUGCUUACCUUAGUACUAAGGAGUGCUCACUGUCCAGCUUGACUUAGGCCUGCUGGCAAGAGAUUUGUGAGCAAGUCUUUUUACAUUAUAGAAAUGUGGGACUACUUCUUCCUGCUUCCUUCUCUGAUUCUGUUCCUGAUUAACAUUCUGCUUCAAUGCAACUGGAUUCGUCGCCUUGCAGAGAGAACUGUUCAACGGUUCGGUCACUGUAUGUGGAUUAUGGUUUGUAGACUUCUGAAACUCCCAUACUUGGUUCCAGAGUCAUUUGAAGAACAGCAGGCAAAGGUCAAACUGAUCUGUAAACCUACAGCCCUGGCCAACCACCUGAAGAGGUACUGUUAUGCUUUAACACAGCCUCCACUGGCAACAUGGCCUCAGAGUGACCCUCAUCUUCAGAUAAUCACCAAUCUCAUGUGGCCCACAAAGGAAGGCACUGAAGUACAAGGAGGAGUUCGCUUUACAAGAGACCACCUUCUGCUCCAGGAUGGAGGCAUUGUGGCCCUAGACUGGGCUGUUUGUCUAAUGGACCAACAGGCUCAGGCCAAAAAGGUACUUCAUCCAGGAGGAAGAGUUCUUGGCUUACACUCUAGCAAUCCAGCGAUUGUCAUUCUUAUUCCCAAUGCUUUGGGCCUAAUGACACCGCACUUGCUCAGAUUGUGCCACCAGGCUUUGCAGCAGGGUUUUUAUCCUGUAGUGUUCCAUCGUCGUGGUCAUGGUGGCUGCCCUCUGACCACUCCACGCUACCAGGAAUUUGGAAAUCCAUCUGAUCUUAUGCAGGCUAUAGCAUACUUGCGGAGCCACCAUCCAUCCUCAACUCUGCUGGCAAUCAGUGAGGGCUCCGGAUCUGGCUUGCUGCUGUCAUAUCUGGGGGAAUGUGGCUCAUCAUCCUACCUGAUGGCUGCUGCUUGCAUCUCUCCUGUGUUUCAUGGACAACUCUGGUUUGAGUACAAACUACCGUGGAUCUAUCACUGGAUGGCCCUCAUUUACCGGAAGAUUCAAAUAAACAGGUAUGCAACUGCUUUGAGCUCCGUGAUGGAUGUUUCAAAAAUUCUACACUGCAAAUCCUUGCAAGAUAUGGAAGAAUUAAUGUUCUGUACUGCUAAGCAUUCAUAUCACAACAUGUCCAAAACAGUGGACCACACUGGAAAGGAUAAUUCAAGACUAUCAAUUAAGCUGGACUGGGCAAGUUACUGGGAGAGGAAUGAACCUCUGCGAGAUGCAGAUGAAGUGGCUGUGCCAGUGCUCUGUUUGUGUAGCAAAGAUGACCCUCUUGUGCCACCUAUUUUCACUCUACCUGAAGCACUUUUUCAAAAUAGCCCUUACUUUCUGCUGGCCCUAACAGACAAGGGAGGUCAUUGCAGCUUUAUGCAUGAGAAUAAACAUGGAGGUACGACUUCCUGGAGUCAUUCUGCAGUGCUAGAAUAUUUCCAGGUGGUUGCUGAAUUCAUUGGAGUAGAGGAGAGGAAUGGGUUCAAGGAUGGAUUUCACAGCCUGAGGCAUAGCUCCAGUGCGGUGUUUUCCAGAAGAAGGAGAUCAACCUUGUUGAAGAAAGAAAGGCCCAUCUUAAGUUCACGAAGACGACAGAUCUCAACUCCCUCUGAUAUAUUAACAUUUGAAGAAGAGCAAGAGGAUUUUACUUGGAACAGAUCCUACACUCGCUGAGUGAGAGCAAUAGGUGGUGUUCUAGGAGCAUGAGAUUCCAAUUUGGUGAGCUUCCUGCUACCAAAGUCACAAAAAGUCUUUAAGAAACAUAUGAAACAAAAGGAGAAAAUAAUCAGUCCUUUGAUGUUUAAAGGAGUGAGGAGGAGAACAACACAGAAGGAUUAAGAUAAAGCUCUUUUUGGCUUCUGUAACUUCACUAGAAAAAAAAAAUGACGAACACAUUGUUCUUGUGUUCGAAUUUGGCUAGUUAAAAAGCAUUGAUGAUUGGUUAAAACUAAUUACAUGUAUGGUUUGAAAGUGAUGUUCUUUAUUUACAAUUGUACAAUUGCUAGCUGGGUUACUAUAUUAACGUUAAAAAUGCAUAACAGUUGAAAGGGAAAGUACACUAUUGAACCAGUUUCAUAGCCAGCUUGAUCAAAUUUAAGGCAGCAUCAACAGCUUACCUCCUGAUGUGUCAUCCACUCGACUGACUCUACAGUUGACCGCCUUAUGUGAAGUCAUCUCAACAAACAAAUGAUAAAACGAUGCUGUGUGUAGUGCAAUGUAAACUUUGUUCACCUUUGUUCUUCAGUUUGUUCAGGAGAAAACCUGGGCUUAUUUCAUUGUAUACAUUAGGAAGGAGCAAAAUGUUCUGGAUCUCCUAGUAAGAGGAUGCUUAUUGAUAGACAAAAAACACUGACUGGCAGGGGCUUAAUCAUGUUGAUUACCAUUAGAUGCUAUUUUUAGUGAUUACGUUUUCCUUCAACAAACAAAUCACUAGGAGCAUGCUGGGGAACUCACUACAUGCAUUGAUGUUUUAGUGAAGACAAUACCACAAAAAAAGAGCUUUUGAAUUCGUUAUCUUAUCCUGAAGAUUUUUGUUUGAAAAUUAUCAAAGGAAUCAAUACUGGUAAUCAACCUGAACCUCAAUCAGGAAGUAGAAGCACAGAAAAGAAAUAAUUUGCAUUAACUACACAUUUUAGGUUUACAUUAUUUAUAUGCACACAAUUUAUAAACUUACAAAUGAAAAAAAAUAAAAUAAACAGGACCAAGAUGUACUAAAAUUACUUUAUUACAGUUGAUUGUUUGUUCAGUAGCCCUCUGCCAACAAAAGGAGUAAUUACAAACAAAACAUUACAUUUGUCCCCUUUAAGUUUUCAGAUUUGUUUUGUACAAUUUAAUUAACUUGUUAUAAGAUUUUAUUUUUGUUUGGUUAGAACAAUUUUUGUAAUCUCUCCAACAUUCAGUUUUUUCACAAUCUAUACAUUUUAAUACAGGUUAUAGAUGGAUUGUUAUGGUAAUGUUGAAGCAGGAAAAAGGAGACAAUGGCCAUCAAAACAAAACAGAUGGAAUACUGGUAAACACAAGGUAAAGAGAUGUACCACCAUUUAUAACUCAUCCCACUAUUUUCAUGCUUUAAAGGGUCAAUAAAAAGGAUGAUAAGGUCUUUCAAAGAAAUCGACUCUCUUUUAUAUGGGCACAUCUCUCUCUCUCUCUUCAAACAUACUGUAUGAUCCUGCUUUGUCAUUCAGGCAUAAACUAUAGGAGAAUGACUGUGACCUGAAUGUCACUUUCAAAAAGCAAAGCUGCUGUUAUGACAUUUUGAGACUAUGGCUGCUCCUUGGGUCCAGUGAUUCAAUUAAAGUACUUAAAGAAUCUGACUAAAUAAUUGGCAUGUUUCAGAAGAUGUCAUGGCCAUGAUAAUUUGUUACAUUUGGCCCAAGACUGGCUCAGUUGCUUAUAGUCGUAGACUGAGAAAGCUUCAUGGCAAUUCAUGUAAUCUGUAAUUCCAUGCAUAUACCAGCAGUGUGCCAAGCAAGAUGGUUAAGGGAGGACAAUUGUGCUCUAUAUGACCAAGAGCAUGAUUCACUCUCUCAAACAGGAUGUAGUCCAAUAUAAAUCAGAAUGUUAAAUCUGAAAGGCUACUGCACCAAGGUCCUUGAAUCCAUUCUGUGAUCGGCAUGUUGGCAGUUACAUGCUUUGAAUGAAACUAAAAAAAUGACUUACAUUUCAGAAGAUGAAAUUUCACAAUUUCAGAGAUAACAGAACAUGAGUACUGGAACUGGUGAAUAUUGUAAUUUACACCUUUGAAAGCAAAGAGCACAAGAAGCAAAGAGAUGAUGAUGGAACGGUCCAGAUAAAGAGAAGUCUAAUUGCAGGGGGUUUGGCUUUGCUUGACACCUCUGAGAAUAUGCUUUGUGUAUAUACUGUGUAUAUAUAUAUUUUUUUCCUUUUUAAAUAAGCAAUAUUACAAACCAAGUUGUUUUUUUUUCUUUUUCUUCACGUUCAAGCAAUUACCUUUUUGUCUAAUUUAACUUGGGUUUGACUGUCCAUUUAUUCAUGUAUUUAAAUUUCUAAAUAUACAAUAUACACAAACUUGUUCCUAUACAUCCCACUUAAAGCAGUCUCCUGACUAUAUACCCUUCCACCUUAACAAUGUUUUAGUAUCUAUUUCUGACCUUUUCCCUUGUAGUUUUCUCACUUUUUCUACAUGCUGUGGUAAGUGUUCAGUUGGAGGGUGGAGGUCAGGCAGCAGUCACCAGGGCUCUGGGGUGGACGUGGAAGAGACAAAGGCAUUGCAGGGACAACAGCAGCGGCACCCACCCGCCCGGCAAAAACAUUCAGUGGUCUCAAGCCUGCCCAACCCAGACCUCCCCACCCUUAAAAUCCACACAACACACUCUUGUGAAACCCAGCCAGAGAAAGGGGAGGAGGGGGCACCAGAGAUUCAGAAGAACUGCUCACAUGGGAUUGUAGUGUUCAAUAAAGAGGAAGUUUAGAAAGGGAUGGUAAAGUGCUUUUCUGUGACAUUAAGCUCAGGUUUGCAAUGAAAGUUUGCAGAAUAAAGAGGUCAAAACACAAAAGUGAACAGGACAGGCUAUUCUUCUCUUGCAUAGUUGCGAUUGUUAACUUUGGCAUCUCUAAAUCAAAUGACUAAAAUUAACAUUAAUAUACUGGAACAUCUCUUUCCAUACUGUUAUUCAGGAGGUAUGCCAGCAUGCUUUUACAUUCAUGUAAAUAUGCAAAAUCCUGCUGUUUUUUCCCCACUCUAUUCAGGUGAAUCUCGUAAAAAAAAAAAAA